AUGACCAUUACCGAAAUCGCUCUGCUGCACCUCUCGCCAGAUGUCGCUGUUGACGACGCCAAGCUCCGUUCGAAACUUGUCCGCGCGAAGACCGUUAUGCAAGAGUUUACUGGCCGAUCCUUCUAUUAUCUCCAGCAAAUCGAGGAUCCAACGUACGUCUACAUAGUUGGGGAAUGGGAGUCUUUGAGCCAGCAUAUGAACGAUUUCAUUCCAGGCUCGGACAAUCAGGCAGUUCUCGAGAGCCUCAGGGGUUUGAUGAGUGUGGAGUGGCUGCUGCACAUUGAUGUGCCGCAUGCAGGCCUGCCGCUACCAAGUACUGUUACGAACAAGCACAAGGCCCCAGUUUACGGGAUCGUCAGGCACUAUAUCAAGGACGGUCAGAAGAGCCAGUUUCAGCAGACGUUCGAUAUGGAGAAGCAUAAUCUGCAGGAAUUCGUGACCAAGGGCGAUUUUGGAGGGGGCUGGCGUGUUGACAAGGAAGGCAACAAGGACGAAUGGGUACUGUUGACACCAUGGACGAGCGUUGAGCAGCAUCAUGCGUUCGCAGAGACGGAUGGAUUUGCGAAUUAUGGCAAGAUUCGAGAACACAUUGAUGGCGCAGAGAUUAAGCACGCCCGGAUAUUAGACAUUUAG